CUCGCCGCUAUCGUCAACUUGGUGGACGAUUUGAUGGAUCGAUGUGAAGACACGGCGCGAAAGACGAGUCGUAGCAUUCUUUGUUGGCUGAGGAGCACCCAAGCCGUAUCGAGUUAUCCAAAACCGUUUGCUCUCGUACGCCAACCCUCGAGCACGAAAAAUACCGGCUGCUCUUCAAGCGCUGCCUAAUGCUGGUCUUUCGGUCAUACCGAAUGGACGCAGAUGUUCGGGAGAAUGUCACGGGAAUUCGGUUGAAGAAGAAACAAGUGCACUUUCUGGAGUUGAUCUGGAACCACGACUCGUUACUCAGUUCCGACUCCGAACACUCCAGUAUCCCAAUUGCUGAGAAUGGCGGUGAUGCAGGCGCCUUAAAUGCGGUCGAAGAGUGGGCGCUAGAUAAUCAAGAGGAGAAAGAUGAGGGCGAAAUUGAAGAUGAGGAGGAUAGUGAUGUGGAAAUUGAUGCGGAUUGGAGAGAGGAAGAAGCCAGGGAAAUGAGUGAUGGGGCGGCUGAGAAUGCCGAGGAUGAUUUGGAGGGAAAUGAUGAACCGCACCUCGUAGAACUCGUCCUUGGGUUGAGCCUGUCCUUGUAUACUGAGACUCUCACCGAUUCCCGGCCUAGCUCUGCUCUGCUCAUUUACUUCAGUGGCAUCCUAGGGUUCUCGCGACUUUCCCGCGCUUUUCUCCCGGCUAGAUCUUAUAUGCCUCACCUAUCGGGUCUGAUUUAUAUUCAACGCCUACUCUUCCUAGAGAUGGCCAUCCCGCUACGAGCAUAUCCUUUCCUCGGCAUCUCCCGCCGUCCACGGACCGAACAGCUAGAGAGGCUCGAGCUAAUACGGAAGCGGUACAUGGUCGUCGGAUCUCAGUCAGCCUUUGAGGAGAUGAUCAGCCUUCGUAAUUACGGUCGGGUCAUAGCGCGUUCGGAUACGCCAGCCUUCCUCUUGCGCUGGAGCGAUAAUGGGCAGACAGUCUCCUACGGGGAUUCCUUUCGGGUUUCUAUGACGGAAUUCCGACUCCUGGGCAACUAUAUUACCCAGCAAGCCGAAACCCUCUGUACAGAGCUGAUGUACGACUGGGAUCCCGUUGUUGACCUAGCUAAAAUCAAGGACGACAUAACGAAUACUGAAAAGGGCUUCUCGUUCGUGCUCCAUCUAGAUAAUCACCUUAAGGAUGCACACCUCGCGUUAUGCGAAAGAGCAUGCACUACCCGGCGCAACGGUCUCUCCCGAGGCGGCAAUUGGGACUGGAAAGCAGUCUUCCGGUAUCUCCGGAAAGAAGAAGCAAUGUGCAACUUCUUAUUAUUGGGGAUGUCUAGCUUAGGUGGACAAACGCCAAGGUGGCCUGACCUCUCGAGUCUGUGGUGCGUGAAUGGAGAAUUCACUCUGAGAGGCAUCUAUGUCUAUAACAAAUCGAUGGUCUUUGUGGUGCGUCAUCACAAAGCAAAAGCAUCAACGAACCGGGAAUUUAUUGUCGCCCCGUUUCUUACCAGCCCUAUUCGGAAGGGUCCUUGUAACGGUCGUGUCUUCUGGUCUGCCGUAGACGUGGUCUAGGGUAGGUAAAAGAUUGGUUGCUGGUGGAUAAACCGUAGGUUUAUAUUAGCAGAGCGGUUAGGGCGUCACUU